AUGCCACUACGCUCCGCCCCUCCAUGCCAAUCCAUGCCACCCUGCUGCCCUCUGCCUUGUGCUCGACCACCAUCCCUCCCAUCCCCCCGGCCCCGCUCCUCCACACCCACCUCCCCCGCCCCCCCUAUCUCCCCCGCCUCGCUCUCCUCGCCCUCCUCUCUCCCGCCCGCACCUGCCCCGUCACAACCCGUCCCUCCCUCCACAGACACCACGCGAGCCCUCACCUGCUGCCACCUCUCUCCACUCCCAUCCCUCACCCCACUCCACGGCUGCUGCGUCUCAUUUCUGCCUCUCUCCCUCUCCCUCUCCCUCUCCCUCUCCCUCUCCCUCUCCCUCUCCCUCUCCCUCUCCCUCUCCCUCGAACCCCCUGCAGCAUCACAACUUGCACGCCCUGCAUGGCAGCAUCACAACUUGCACGCCCUGCAUGGCAGCAUCACAACUUGCACGCCCUGCAUGGCAGCAUCACAGCUUGCACGCCCUGCAUGGCAGCAUCACAACUUGCACGCCCUGCAUGGCAGCAUCACAGCUUGCACGCCCUGCAUGGCAGCAUCACAGCUUGCACGCCCUGCAUGGCAGCAUCACAGCUUGCACGCCCUGCAUGGCAGCAUCACAGCUUGCACGCCCUGCAUGGCAGCAUCACAGCUUGCACGCCCUGCAUGGCAGCAUCACAGCUUGCACGCCCUGCAUGGCAGCAUCACAGCUUGCACGCCCUGCAUGGCAGCAUCACAACUUGCACGCCCUGCAUGGCAGCAUCACAGCUUGCACGCCCUGCAUGGCAGCAUCACAGCUUGCACGCCCUGCAUGGCAGCAUCACAGCUUGCACGCCCUGCAUGGCAGCAUCACAGCUUGCACGCCCUGCAUGGCAGCAUCACAGCUUGCACGCCCUGCAUGGCAGCAUCACAGCUUGCACGCCCUGCAUGGCAGCAUCACAGCUUGCACGCCCUGCAUGGCAGCAUCACAGCUUGCACGCCCUGCAUGGCAGCAUCACAGCUUGCACGCCCUGCAUGGCAGCAUCACAGCUUGCACGCCCUGCAUGGCAGCAUCACAGCUUGCACGCCCUGCAUGGCAGCAUCACAGCUUGCACGCCCUGCAUGGCAGCAUCACAACUUGCACGCCCUGCAUGGCAGCAUCACAGCUUGCACGCCCUGCAUGGCAGCAUCACAACUUGCACGCCCUGCAUGGCAGCAUCACAGCUUGCACGAGGCAGACAAACACAUGCGCUGUGCCAUCACCACCAUGCGCACUGCCAUCACCACCAUGCGCUGUGCCAUCACCACCAUGUGCUGUGCCAUCACCACCAUGCGCUGUGCCAUCACCACCAUGCGCUGUGCCAUCACCACCAUGCGCUGUGCCAUCACCACCAUGCGCUGUGCCAUCACCACCAUGCGCUGUGCCAUCACCACCAUGCGCUGUGCCAUCACCACCAUGCGCUGUGCCAUCACCACCAUGCGCUGUGCCAUCACCACCAUGCGCUGUGCCAUCACCACCAUGUGCUGUGCCAUCACCACCAUGCGCUGUGCCAUCACCACCAUGCGCUGUGCCAUCACCACCAUGCGCUGUGCCAUCACCACCAUGCGCUGUGCCAUCACCACCAUGCGCUGUGCCAUCACCACCAUGCGCUAUGCCAUCACCACCAUGCGCUGUGCCAUCACCACCAUGCGCUGUGCCAUCACCACCAUGCGCUGUGCCAUCACCACCAUGCGCUGUGCCAUCACCACCAUGCGCUGUGCCAUCACCACCAUGCGCUGUGCCAUCACCACCAUGCGCUGUGCCAUCACUACCACACUGCCUCCACCCUUCCCCUCCACCACCUUCCCUGUCUUAUUCCCCAAUCCUCCGCUCCCCCCAUCUCCCCUCUAUCCCCCCCAUCUCCCCGUCUCCCCCUCUCGCUCCCUCCUCCCAUAUCCCCACCGUGCCACCUCUCCCCCUGCCUCCCUCUCCCCCUGCCUCUCCCCCUGCCUCCCUCUCCCCCUGCCUCCCUCUCCCCUGCCUCCCUCUCCCCCUGCCUCCCUCUCCCCCUGCCUCCCUCUCCCCCUGCCUCCCUCUCCCCCUGCCUCCCUCUCCCCCUGCCUCCCUCUCCCCCUGCCUCCCUCUCCCCCUGCCUCCCUCUCCCCCUGCCUCCCUCUCCCCCUGCCUCCCUCUCCCCCUGCCUCCCUCUCCCCCUGCCUCCCUCUCCCCCUGCCUCCCUCUCCCCUGCCUCCCUCUCCCCCUGCCUCCCUCUCCCCUGCCUCCCUCUCCCCCUGCCUCCCUCUCCCCCUGCCUCCCUCUCCCCCUGCCUCCCUCUCCCCCUGCCUCCCUCUCCCCCUGCCUCCCUCUCCCCCUGCCUCCCUCUCCCCCUGCCUCCCUCUCCCCCUGCCUCCCUCUCCCCCUGCCUCCCUCUCCCCCUGCCUCCCUCUCCCCCUGCCUCCCUCUCCCCCUGCCUCCCUCUCCCCCUGCCUCCCUCUCCCCCUGCCUCCCUCUCCCCCUGCCUCCCUCUCCCCCUGCCUCCCUCUCCCCCUGCCUCCCUCUCCCCCUGCCUCCCUCUCCCCCUGCCUCCCUCUCCCCCUGCCUCCCUCUCCCCCUGCCUCCCUCUCCCCCUGCCUCCCUCUCCCCCUGCCUCCCUCUCCCCCUGCCUCCCUCUCCCCCUGCCUCCCUCUCCCCCUGCCUCCCUCUCCCCCUGCCUCCCUCCCCCCUGGCUGA